CGCCGCCGCCGCCUGGUGAGUGUCAGCCGCGGCCGGCAGAGGUCUCGAGGGCGUGCGGACGACCGCCGCGCUCUGGUCCGGCGCUGAGGGCCGGCAGGAGCCGCAGGGAGCCGGGCGGGAUCCGCGGGAGCCAGCCGCAGCAGCAGGGAGCAGGCUGGAGCCACAGCGACCCUGUCUUCGCCGCCACCGCGCGGCGAUCGUGUCUACCCUGGCACUAUUCAGGCGGCGUGCCCCGGCGUCCCAAUCUUCGAGCACCGCUUGCGUGGUGUAGGUGGAGGGGCCGCACGCCAGCAUCGAAAGUUGUGGCUGUGUUUGCAGUGACCCUCCGAGUCGAUCCGAGCCAGCGAUGGCCAGCGAGAGCUCCAGCCUGCGCGACCUCAGCGCACCCACGCUGAGCCCCCUGCUGAAGACCUUCAGCGGAGUCAGCUUCAAGCUGGUGAAGACAGUGUCUGAUUUCGCCCAGCAGCUGGCGCAACUCAACGAGCAGCACGCAGAGAAGCUGCAGUUGCUGGUGGAAACUUAUCGGAAGCGCAACUCGGAGCUCAGGAACGAACGGCCGCCCUGUUCCAGCUCGCUCUUCCAGACCUGGGAGUCGCUGCUUCAGGAGGUGGAGGCUGACAGCCAGGCGCACGCCGACGUCGCCACCGUCUACGGUCGUCAAGUCGCGCGUGCCAUUGUUGAGAAGACGUUUCAUAGAAAAAUACAGAGUAAGAAGAUAUUCAUGCACCGAGAAAGCUACGAGGCUGUCUUGGCGAAGACGGACGAAAUGCUCCAGAAGUGCCACAAGGCAUACUCGGAUGCGUACCGGUCGCACGUCUCGUCGCCUAGCAACGCCACGCUUGCGGCGUACUUUGAUGCACACAACGCCUACGUCCAGCAACUACACGCUGCUAAUGGCAUGGUGGUCGAGUUCAACGGUACCACGCUGCCACAGCUGCUGCAGGAGCUGGAGGACGUCCAGGGUGACAUCACCGGCAUCGUGGCCGACAGCCUGCAGCAGGCGGCCGACCUCGUCACCAGCAAGACGGUGGAGCGGAGCCGGCGGUAUGAGUCGCUCUGCUCGCUGUGCCGUGGCGUCAGCGGGCGGGCCGACGUGACGUCACUGGUGCGUCACGCCGAGACACUGCCCGAAUGGACGUCGGCCUCGGUCGGCCGGCCCGCCGUCGCAGCCUUUCUGCCGCCCAAGCCGCCGGCUGACCCGAAACUGGCAGCUACGCAGGACGGGGCGGUGGCCGUGACCCAGCUACAGAACGAGCUUGUGCUGGACCGCCUGGCGUCGCUCUCGCUACGCACGCGGUACGGCGGCCUGCAGCGCGAGGCGGCCGAGCUCGACGCCAAGAUCGGCCAGCUGAGAGACUGCGUCGACAGUCUGGUCCGCAUGCAACAAAGUCAUCUUCAGAUGCGCUCCAGCAUGCCGCUGUACCCCUGCUUGUUGACCGCGGCCGUAGAGUCGUCCGCACAUAGGAAGAACAACACAACGGUGGAGCGGAGCCGGCGGUAUGAGUCGCUCUGCUCGCUGUGCCGUGGCGUCAGCGGGCGGGCCGACGUGACGUCACUGGUGCGUCACGCCGAGACACUGCCCGAAUGGACGUCGGCCUCGGUCGGCCGGCCCGCCGUCGCAGCCUUUCUGCCGCCCAAGCCGCCGGCUGACCCGAAACUGGCAGCUACGCAGGACGGGGCGGUGGCCGUGACCCAGCUACAGAACGAGCUUGUGCUGGACCGCCUGGCGUCGCUCUCGCUGCGCACGCGGUACGGCGGCCUGCAGCGCGAGGCGGCCGAGCUCGACGCCAAGAUCGGCCAGCUGAGAGACUGCGUCGACAGUCUGGUCCGCAUGCAACAAAGGAGCUUGGAAUCAAACCUCUUCAACAAGAGCAACGAACUUCAGGAGGAGAUUAGCACGAAGCGAUUCGACCCUUCAAGUGGCGCAGAUCCACUACGCGGCCGUCAAAGCUCAGCGAAGGAGGCACCGGAGGGCGAGCCGAACCCCGUAUGGAUCGACGCCUGGCUCGGUGGUCCGAUGAACCGCGCGUGGCACGCGAUCCCCCCACGUCACCGAUGA